AGCUUCUCUCCCCGUCCUCUGCUUCAUGGCUGUUGUUGUUGUUUUUAAUCUUCAGAACUAAAUCAGAAUACUAACCAACCUUUUGUUCCACUUGAUCGGACGAUGAGCUGAGGCGUCACCUGAGCCGCUCGCAUGUUAACCCUCCUCUGAUUGGCCAUGUGCAGAAUGAGGGCUGCCGAUUGGCUGUUGCUCGUGGCGUUGCUGCCCGCCUCCUUCGCCCUCCGUCCGGACAUCUGCGCCGCCAAACCCAGAGACCUCCCCCUGGAGCCGCGCUGCAGCUACCGCGGCCCCGAGGGCCCCGAGGGCCCGACCCCGGGGCCCCGGCCCGUCCCCGGGGCCACCAACCCCCGCGUGUGGGCGCUGUCCCGCGCCAACGCGCGCUUCGCCCUGGCGCUGCUCCGCCGGCUCGGCCGGGACCGGGCGCCGGAGCGCAACGUGUUCAUGGCGCCCAUCAGCAUCUCCACGGCCUUCGCCAUGACCAAGCUGGGCGCCUGCAACCGCACGCUGCAGCAGAUCAUGGAGGUGUUCCAGUUCGACACCAUCAAGGACAAGACCUCGGACCAGGUCCACUUCUUCUUCGCCAAACUCAACUGCCGUCUGUACCGGAAGAAGGACGCCACCACGGAGCUCAUCUCCGCCAACCGGCUGUUCGGGGACCAGACGCUGGUCUUCAACGAGACCUACCAGGACAUCAGUGAGACGGUGUACGGGGCCAAGCUGCUGCCGCUGAACUUCAAGGAGGACCCGGAGAAGGCCCGAGUCACCAUUAACAACUGGAUCUCCAACCAGACGGAGAACCUGAUCCAGGACACGCUGCCAGAGGGGGCGCUGGACUCCAGCACCAUGCUGGUGCUCGUCAACACCAUCUACUUCAAGGGUCAGUGGAAGAACAAGUUCGACAAAGACAACGUCUACAGCGCCGACUUCCUCGUCAGCCAAUCACUGACCUGCUCGGUCCACAUGAUGUACCAGGAGGCCCGGUUCAGGUACCGGUACUUCCCCGACGACCAGGUGCAGCUGCUGGAGAUGCCGUACCGCGGAGACGACAUCACCAUGGUGAUCAUCCUGCCCAACAGAGGCACGCCGCUCCGCCAGCUGGAGGAGAGUCUGGACCUGACCCGCCUGACCUCCUGGCUGGACGCGAUGCAGGAGACCACGGUGUCGGUCCACGUGCCGCGCUUCAGGGUGGAGGACGGCUUCAGCCUGAAGGAGAAGCUGCAGGACAUGGGCCUGACGGACCUGUUCAGCCCCGAGAGGGCCAGCCUGCCAGGGAUGUUGGAGGACGGAAGUGAAGGUCUCCACAUAUCAGACGCCUUCCAUAAAGCCUUUCUGGAGGUGAACGAGGAGGGCAGCGAGGCGGCGGCGGCCACCGCCGUCGUGGCCGUCGGUCGCUCCUUCAACUUGAACCGCGAGGUGUUCAUGGCCAACCGGCCGUUCCUGCUGCUCAUCAGAGAGUCCACCAUCAACAGCCUGCUGUUCACCGCCAGGGUGGCCAACCCCUGCAGCCAAUGAGAAGGGACCAUCCAGACCACCAGACCCCAAAACAUGAACGUUAUUAAUCAUGCGAAGACGUGUCAUGCUGUAGGGGGCGGAGCCUCUGUGUUGGUACAUUAAAAAAUAAUUUAGCGUUGUCAAGAGUCGAGAAUUAAAAGUCUUCUGUUCCAUC